AUGGGCGUGCAUGUGGAGACCAUCGCCCCCGGCGACGGGCGGACGUUCCCCAAGCGCGGCCAGACCUGCGUGGUUCACUACACGGGGAUGCUGGAGGAUGGGAAGAAGUUCGACUCCUCCCGGGACAGGAACAAGCCCUUCAAGUUCGUGAUGGGCAAGCAGGAGGUGAUCCGCGGCUGGGAGGAAGGAGUCGCUCAGAUGAGCGUUGGCCAGCGGGCAAAGAUGACCAUCUCCCCAGACUAUGCCUAUGGCUCCACUGGCCACCCAGGGAUCAUCCCCCCCAAUGCCACUCUCAUCUUUGAUGUGGAGCUCAUGAAACUGGAGUGACCCCCCCAGCACCCUGCCCUCGGGUUUGGCACAUGGAGGAACCCAGAACCUCAGCUUCAGAGAAGAGUGCACCAUGACUUUGUCCACUACAACUCAUUGUCUAACCUCCACCUCGACCGAAUGCCUUUGGUCACUAAGCUUUGCCUCUGACUCCUCCUCCUUGUAUGGUGUUUUGAUGUCUUUUUAAACUACAAGCUGUAAACCUCAACUCUUCUAUUUUUUUU